UGCUUGCACAUUUUCCUUAUCGGUAUGGACAACUACAAGACUGUACCCCUCAAUGCUCUUUUUUCCAACUCACUCAUUCUGUCACUUCACAAAGACCUCUGUGUCAAAAUCAACCAGAAACUCGGAAUUGAUAUUGACGCUAUCGAACACAGGAUGCAUGGCGACAUCAAUCAAGACAUUGAGCCUGAUGCUCCUGCUGCUGACAUCGAAGGCUACUUAGAUGAAGAUCAGCCAAUGCAUGAUACAGAGAAUACUGACAAUAGUGGCAAUGGUAGCAGCCAUCAAGAUGACGAGGACGAGAAUGCCAGGGACGAAGGAGCAGAGGAUGAGUACCAGGACAAAGAAGAUCUACCAGCUGUCAGUGAGGGAAGCUCAGGAUUCAAAGGCAAAGAACACUGUGCCAUUUACUCUUCGUCCAAGUUCUGGAAAUUCGUAGAUGACUCUCUCAAUGGCAUUCACAAGCUAGCAAAGACCCAGGUCAGUGAGCAGGGACCAAACGGUUCUCUGACAUACGAACACGCAUUUUGUGACAUCCUUGUGGAAUAUUUUCAACUAGACCUCGCUGAAUUUCCCAGAAAGAGAGUUGUUCCGAAGCUCCUCAGCACCACUAGUCCCCAGUGGCAGACUACCAUCCAGAACAAGCUCUUAUGGGAAAUUUAA